GACAAGUGGAGAGAAGGAGAGGAGUGAGGCACAUGACACGCCAUGACAGGGCCUCGAUCUAUCGGCGGAAGCCUUGUCAAUUCGAUUACCCCGCCCCAACCAUAGAGGCAGGGCUGUGAUACCCUCCACCCUCGGGCAAUUCAAGGCGCACAGUUGGUUGCAGCAUGGAUCCUAUAAGCGCCUUUUCUCUCGCCUGUAACAUUCUUCAGAUCAUCGAGCUUGGCCAGAAAACACUGAGCCUUGCUCUGGAUUACCGCAAAGCCGGCUCUGGCACUCUACGCGAGCAUGAGGACCUGCAAGGCGUACUGCAAUGCCUGAUGAGUAUGAAUGUCGACCUGCAGGCCUCCAUCCCAAACGCCAAUCAGCCAAGCAAUCUGACUCCUGCUCUGGCUCGCCUGAGACAGGCCAACGAAGAGUGUCUUCGUCUGUCGAUCGAGUUUGUCGACUUGCUGAACCAGCUAAAGCUCCGAACCCCGCAUGCGUUACUGGAGUCCAUCCGGGCUAGCGUCAAGGCGCUAUGGAAUCGCGACCGGAUGGAAGCCAUGGCUAAGGCCGUUGGUCGGGCUCGGGAGAACCUCAAUACCGCUCUUCUAUUUUACCUCAAGGAUACACAGGCCACUGCGGCUGGGCAGGACCACAUUCUUCAAUCUACGGCUGAACUAGAGGAAAACGUCUUGUCCGCUCUGGAGAAACAGUGUGCAUCGAUCCGAGCAGAUGUACACCAAGUUCUGGAGCAGGUGCAGGCAAACGGUGUGAACGAAGCGAUUGAAACCCAGCUUCUCGCUUCGCAACGGCUUCAGCUCGACAGACUUGAAAGCCGAAUUCAUGACAUCCUCGAUCGACAAGAGCAUCUAAGAAGCCUAGAUGAGCAAAGACGAGUAACAGAAACCCACACGAUCUUCUUGGCUAGCAUCCAGUUUCCGCAAAUGCAGGAACGUGUCCAGCAGAUUCGCACGGCACACGAAAAGACCUACCUGUGGAUCCUGCAACAACAGAGCACGAGUCCUGGUGACUGCGACAGUCUGGUGGCCUGGCUUUCUGCCCCCACGACAAGAGAGUCCAUCUACUGGGUGUCCGGUAAACCGGGUGCGGAAAAGUCGACCCUUAUGCGCUUCCUGGACCAGAAUCUGGAUCAUAAGGCGCAUAUGCUUCCUUGGGCGAGUGGAUAUACUGUUAUAAGAGCUUCGUAUUACUUCUGGAGCGCAGGCAAUACGUUACAAAGGUCGUUUGAGGGGCUUCUGCGCUCCUUACUUGCCCAAAUUCUCGAGCAACAGCCUGAACUGAUGACUCGCAUCACGGAAACAACUCAACAGUAUACACCUCGGACGUGGGUCUCAAGUAAACUAGAGUGGACUCAGUCUGAACUACUGAAUCUACUUCAUCUUAGUAUCGACGCCUUGCAAGACCGCUGCAAAAUCUUCUUUCUUAUUGACGGCUUGGAUGAGUUUGAAGGAAGCGACGAGUUGCGACGGGAUGUCAUUCAAAGUCUGACUAGGAUAAGCGGAAAGGCCAACGUGAAAAUAUGUCUGUCAAGCAGACCUUGGAACAUAUUCCGGGAUGCCUUUGGCAGCACGCAGCACCUACGAUUGGAGGAUCUCACCUAUCAGGACAUCAGCACAUACGUUCAAACCGAGCUCACCCAAUCUCGCCGCUUUCGAUAUCUCCUCCUGCGUCAGGAAGCCGAGGCAGCCAGCCUUAUCUCGGCCAUCACUUCAAAGGCUGCUGGAGUCUUCUUGUGGGUUCGACUCGUGGUUCGCGAUCUAAUUGAGGCUUUACAAGAUGGCGAUAAUGUGGCAGCCCUAUCACAGAAACUCGACGACAUACCCGCCGACCUGGAUGAAUACUUCCGUAGGAUGAUGGAUUCAAUCCCUCCCCGAUACAAACGAGAAGCCUCAACGAUGAUUCAGAUUGCCCUGCAUGAGGAGACCGAUUUCACCGCGCUUCACCCGCUGCGGAUGCUUGACCUCUUGUUCAUUGACGAGCCCUGCCCCGACUUUGCCGGUACAAACCUGAGCUGUUCCUCGCUAGAACUAGCCGACCGUGAAGGGCUUGCAUUCAUGCUGGACUCCACAUACCGUCGCCUCAACAGCCGGUGUAUGGGACUGCUGGAAUGCGUAUUCGAUGCAGAAUUCUUCGAUUGCCUUGACCUCACUACUCCGAGAUCCUUGCUGGACUAUGAUGGACGGCAAUUCAGCUCCACGCUUUGCGAACAGGUCGCUGAGUUGACAGAAACCGGCCACACUUUCCUCCUGACUAUCAGCUUCUUACAUCGCAGUUGCCGGGACUUUCUUUGCUCUCCAGAGAUCCAGGGAAUUCUGCACCAAUACACAGGCGGGCCCUUCGACGCCAGGAGGUACCUAAUCAAUGCCAGAAUCCUUCAAGUCCGCGCCCUGCAAGCGGUCGGAAGUGACCGGGACUUAGCAAUUGGGAUUACUAGUUAUUUGGCGAGCGCACUGGCAGUGCCCGAAUGGAGGGAAUCGCCGGCAGCCAUCAGAGCAGCCCGGGUCCUGGCCCCAAUUGCGGAAGCGCUUCUUUCCGCUAGCGGCCCGGACAGCAGCCAGAGUAUGGGCUGGUACAUCAGCACAUUGGCCAACAGGUGGCGGGAUGAACAGAGCUGCUUCAUGACCCUCGCCAUCGACUUUGACUUGCGAGGCUAUGUCAACGCGUGUCUGGGUCCAGCGGCAGUCCGCAACAAGACAGGCCGCCCGGUGCUGGACCAUGUCCUCCAACCGGAAUUCAACCAGCGCCGUGGCUCACUGAAUAUCGGGUACUCAGUCGUCAACCCCGACCUCGUGCGCCUCGUGCUGACCAGCGGAGGCGAUCCGAAUGAACCCUACCAAGGCGGGACCGUCUGGACACGGUUCCUCACAUGGACGGCGCGUUGCUUCGUCGAAUUCCUCACCGUGGAUGUUGACAUGAUACAAUCCUACGUUGAAUCCAUUGCGUUGCUGCUGGCGCACGGCGCAGCACUUGUCAUCCCCCACGCCCAGCUCGCAAGUAGCAGCCCUAGCUGGGCACGGGCAAUGAACCACCCGGACUCGGGUCUGCAUGAGAGCGAUAGAUUCCGUCGCCAGACGUCGCCCGUUUCCGCAUCGAGUCCUACGGAUCAUAGCACAGAUCAGCCAUGCUAUGCCGUUACCGACCUCCUGGAAGUAUUUCGCCUAUGGUUUGGGGGAGAAGUCGACCGGCUGGUUGCUCUCGCGCAAUGCCGUGCAACGGACGCUUCCAGGGAUCCGGACACUACAACACUUCCUUUUCGGCUCGUGGUGGCUUCUGAGCUGGGAAAAGAAUUUGCCUAACUAGUCUUUCGGUAGGCGACUAAGGCUGUAGUAUCAACCCGACCCAAUCAUGUUGAAUCCGCUCGCAUUAUGACUUUGAAUGAUGUGUAUGUAGCCACAAUGCUAGAGAUACUCAAAUCUGGCUACAUGAACUAAUGUACGCGCCUUGUCGAUCGAUUUCUAUGGUUACCUCCCGGCCCACAUUUAUCAGGAAACGGUAUCAAAAUUUGGGGACAGAACCGAAGGGUCUUGGGUCUCGAAGUGUUUCACAAUUUGGCUUACAAAGGAAGACAAACCAACCAACUACCUCGUGUUCCCACUUGCUCCAGGACAAUAGCUUUCGGGGAUAGUGCCGUGGGCUGGGGACCAUGGGACUCUAGACCCAGUGCCAAAUCGAAAUGCGGAAGGCGAAACCUGAG